AUGAUCAACCUCGCAAUCAUCGGAACCAAUUGGAUCACCCACUCCUUUGUUGAAGCCGCGCACGCAACUGGGAAAUACAACCUCUCUGCCGUCUAUUCACGAAAGGAAGAGACUGCGAAAGAGUUUGCAUCUAAAUACGAGGGCAAGCAGAUCACCACAUAUACCGACCUCAGUGCACUAGCACAAGACAAGAUCGACACAGUCUACAUUGCUAGCCCAAACAUCCUGCACUACGAGCAAGCCAAGCUGUUCCUAAAUGCAGGCAAGAAUGUCAUCCUGGAGAAGCCUUCAUGCAGCACAGUCGAUGAACUGGAUGAUUUGUUCAAGCUAGCCAAAGAAAAGAAGGUCGUCCUUGUCGAGGCGUUCCGCCACAUCCAAGAAGCAAAUUUCAAGCUCCUCAAGGAGAAGAUCUCCGAUCUUGGUCCCCUGUACGGCGCCUCUAUCACCUAUGCGCAGUACUCUUCACGCUAUGAGAAGGUCCUGCAAGGCGAAGUACCCAACAUCUUCAACCUCGAGAUGGGUGGUGGCGCACUCGUCGACCUAGGUGUUUACUGCGUGGCUGCAGCCGUCGAUCUCUUUGGCGCACCCACCUCUUCGCAGUACUAUCCCGUCAAGAUCGCAACGGGAGCUGACGGUGCCGGUCGCUUGAUACUCCACUACCCCAACUUCACAGUCCAUCUCUGCCAUUCAAAGAUCUACAACUCCGACGCCCCAUCUGAGAUCUACGGUGAGAAGGGUACGCUGAUUAUACCGACCAUUACCGACAUCGACAAGAUCACCUUCUGGGAUCCCAAGAAGAAGACCAGAGAGGACGUACAGGGUAUCAAGACACCUGAAAAGCUCAAUUUGAUUGAAGAGGCGAGGGAGUUUGCGAGAUGCAUUGAAGAGAAGGACGAGGCUGCAUUAAGUAGACUGGAGCAACAUAGCAGGGAUACGUUGACGAUCCUGCAGAAGGUCAGGCACGACAAUGGUCUUGUCUUCCCGGGAGGAAAGUAA